GGAUCUACGCAAAAAUGAACUUCUUAACAUUAUUGUUCAUUGUUUUUGUUUUCGGAACAACGUCUGCUCAAUUUUAUGGAGGUAUGCCUUAUGGUGGCUAUGGUGGUUACGGUGGAUAUGGUGGAUACCCACCAAUGUAUGGAGGAGGAUAUGGAUAUCGUCCAUACGGAAACGGAGGUUAUGGAUCAUAUGGUGGAUAUGGAUAUCGACCUAAUCCAGUUGGAGGAAUGCUUCGUGGAGCACUAAUGGGAGCUGCAAUGGGUGCAAUGAUGGGAAAGAAAUAGAUGGAAUCGUAUUGUUUUUAUUUCCGAAAAAGUAUCUCACGAUUUGUACAUAGAACCAAACAACGACGAAUAAAUGUUUCAGAAUUU